AUGGGCGAGGCCAAGAUCGAAGCGCUGAAGAAGCGCAAACUCGUUGCGCCCACCAGCUUAACCGCCUUCAAGGUGGAAAAGACGGAGAAGUUCUCCGCGGGAGAUCAGAAGGCGGUUGCCGAUCUCACCGCAGAGAUGAUCACCAAGGGCACCUGGAGCAGCACGACCUUCAAGCCUUUCAACCUGACCAAUGCGAGUGGCGUGCCCAGCGCGGGCGGCCAUUUGCAUCCCCUGAACAAGGUGAAGACGGAGAUGCGCACGGUGUUGAUGCAGAUGGGCUUCGAAGAGAUGCCCACGAACCAGUGGGUUGAAAGCUCCUUCUGGAACUUCGACGCCUUGUUUCAACCGCAGCAGCAUCCGGCCCGCGAUGCGCAUGACACCUUCUUCAUGGAGGCACCCAGUAGGGCUCAGAAGAUCCCGGAGGACUACUUGGGGAGAGUGAAGGAGAUGCACGAGAAGGGCGGGAGUGGAUCCAUUGGUUGGCGCUACGACUGGAGUGAGGACGAGGCGAGGAAGACCCUCUUGCGGACUCACACCACCGCCGUCUCGGCCCGGAUGCUCUACAAGAUGGGGGAGGAGUACCGAAGGACCGGCGUCUUCCGACCGAAGAAGUACUUCUCCAUCGACCGGGUCUUCCGAAACGAGACCCUGGAUGCCACACACUUGGCGGAGUUCCACCAGAUCGAGGGCUUUGUGGCCGAUCGCAAUAUCGGCUUGCCGCAGCUCAUUGGAGUGCUCCGCGACUUCUUCGCGCGCAUCGGCAUCUCCAAAUUGCGCUUUAAGCCCGCCUACAAUCCCUACACCGAGCCUUCGAUGGAGAUCUUUGGCUUCCAUCCGAUCCUCAAGAAAUGGAUCGAGGUCGGCAACAGUGGUGUCUUUAGACCUGAAAUGUUGCUGCCGAUGGGUUUGCCGGAAGAUGUAACAGUCAUUGCCUGGGGUAUUGGAUGUGAGAGAUGGACAGCUUUGCUCUACAACAUCCGGCUCAUCAAGGAGCUGUUCAGCUUCCAGCAGGAUGUGGCGGCCACCAAGAAGAACCCCAUGUGUUGGUUACGGAGAGCCGAGGAUUGA